AGGGGGGACCCAGUGGGGGGGGGGGAAAGGGACAUGAAGAAGGAAGGAGGAGACAAAGAUGGAAGCAGAGACUCUGGAACCUUAUCAACUGUCUUUCUCAGAUCUUUUUGACCGAAAACGAUGUCAGUUGAUCUCGAGGAACGUGAUGGAAGCACUUGGUCCAAACGGUCCCGGCCUGCUUUGCAUCACCGGCGUUCUCGGCUCCGCCCUCCUCCGCCGUAAGCUCCUUCCGAUGGCUCGUAAACUCGCUCUCGUUGAUCCCGAUAAACGCAAUCGCAUUCUCAAGGAGCACCACUUGGGAAGCGACGUUCCUCUCAAGAAUCCAGAACGACUUGUCUCUUCUUUCGCUAUGCACCUCAAUUAUCAACCAUCCCCUUCUUCUAAUUCUUGUGGCGCUGCAGAGGAUGAUGAUGAUGAUGAUGAGUUCAAUAAUCUUGGUCUUGUGUUUAGGGAACUUGGGUUUUGCAUGAUGGAUUUGGGUUUGUCCGUAGCCCGAGUAUGCGACAGGGAGAUUGGUGGAGGCUUUCUCGAGGGGACCUUACUUGAUUCUUGCACUGCCAAAGGACGUCUCAUACAUUACCACUCCGCUGCUGAUCACUCUUUUCUCAGAGAACAAACCGAGAGGAGAAGGAAGCAAUCUGGUAAACAAGUCAGGAAUAGAAAUGAGACUGGUUUGAGUGGGAGGAGUCACUUCAAUCUCUGGCAACAGUGGCAUUAUGAUUAUGGCAUCUUUACCAUUCUCACUGAUCCUCUCUUUCUAUCAUCCCAUUCCUGCCAGGAUUGCAAUUUCGUUACCACUCACUCUUAUCUUAGGAUCUUUCAUCCCAGCAAGAACAAGUUCUACAUGGUCAAGACUCCUCAGGACAGUUUUAUUGUUCAAAUUGGUGAAUCUGCUGACAUUUUGUCCAAUGGGAGGCUACGGUCGACCCUCCACUGCGUGUGCAGACCUGAUAAGCAGCUGGAGCACAUAAGCCGCGAGACUUUUGCGGUCUUCUUGCAGCCUAAUUGGAGCCACACUUUCUCUGUCUCAGAACACACAAUGGAACAUAUAAGGUCAGGCUCGCUACAGAGACAGCAGAUCCUUGAUGCGGAUGAGGUCUCUAAAGCAGACAUUCAUAAUAUUGUUCCACCUCUAUCGUCUCGGAUUAGGGAUGGGAUGACAUUUGCCGAGUUUUCUCGCGAAACAACCAAGCAGUACUAUGGAGGGAGCGGCUUGCAAUCUAAUAGAUAAACCCUAAACCCUUGUUCGUUACGCAUAUGUAAAAAUGAAACCCCCCUUCCUAGGUAAGUAACGUGUGUGAUGUUUAGGUAGUCAAGUUCAGAGCAAUUUGUUCAUUUUGAGUGUGAAGCCAAGAAGAAUGAGCCAACACGACAAGUGCUGCUGCCUUCUUUCUGAGAGAGAGAGAGAGAGAGAGAGAGAGAGAGAGAGACUAAAGGGAGAGUUGGGAUUCGUCGUUUUUCGAUGUUGGAGCCCAAAACAGUGAAAGUUGUUACUUCGUUAUCACAGUCAAAAGCUCUCCCUUUCAGACUUAAUGCUUUUUUUCCUGCUCUUCUUUAGUCUCUCUCCGUGACUCAGUUUAUGUUUUCUGUUGUUGUCUCCCCCGAGCUUACAUUUCCCUGUUUGUUAGCUUUCAAGAGUCGCAUUAAGACAAAGUGGUGUUAAUAAAGUUAAAGCUGCCUUGUUUACAGCCUUUCCUUUUCUCUUCUUCUAACAUAUUUUCAUGAAUGGUUUUUGUACGUGUAUAUCAAUCAAAUCGAGAAACCCUUUUCUUUUGUGAAUUCAAAACAAAGAUUUGAACUUUCUCUC